GCGAGGACUCGUUUGUUUCCUUGCGUCCGGACGCUCGUGCAGCCGCAGCGCUCAACGCAACGGAGACUGGAGACGCUUCGCUAAAAAUGCUGCCGUUAUCCAUCAAAGAUGACGAGUACAAGCCCGCCAAGCUCAACCUGUUCGUCAAAUUGUCGGGUUGGUUCAGAUCAAUCCUUGCAGAUAAAACCUCUCGCAAUCUGUUUUUCUUCUUGUGUUUGAAUCUGUCCUUCGCUUUCGUGGAGCUCUCGUAUGGCAUAUGGAGUAACAGUUUAGGUUUGAUAUCCGAUUCCUUUCACAUGUUCUUCGACUGCACUGCUCUUCUGGCAGGCCUAGCGGCAUCAGUGAUCUCACGGUGGAGAUCCAAUGACUCCUUUUCCUAUGGUUAUGUCAGAGCAGAAGUUCUCGCCGGCUUUGUGAACGGCCUUUUUCUCAUCUUUACUGCCUUCUUUAUCUUCUCUGAGGGAGUGGAGAGGGCGCUAGAACCCCCUGAUGUCCACCAUGAACGGUUGCUUCCGGUAUCUAUAGCAGGGCUGUUGGUAAAUCUUGUAGGAAUAUUUGUUUUUCAACAUGGAGGACAUGGACAUUCACAUGGUGAUGAAGGUCAUGGCCACAGUCAUUCUCUAUUCAAUGGCAGUGUGGGACAUGGACAUGGAGGCCACGGCCACAGUCAUGAGUCCAAGCAUGGACAUGAUCAUGGGCAUUCACAUGGAGGACACGGACAUUCACAUGACUAUCCCCACUGCCACGAUGACCACUCACAUACGCCGGGAAAAGGCUCCAGCAAGCAAAUAUUACAAGGAGUUUUUCUACACAUUGUUGCAGACACGUUGGGCAGUGUCGGUGUCAUCAUAUCAGCCAUCCUAAUGCAGAAAUAUGACCUGAUGAUCGCAGACCCUAUCUGCUCCAUGCUCAUUGCAAUGCUUAUAGGAGUGAGUGUGGUUCCUCUUCUCAGGGAAUCCAUAGGAAUUCUCAUGCAACGGACGCCGCCUUCUCUGGACCUUUCUCUUCCUGAAUGCUACCAAAGGGUCCAGCAGCUUCAUGGUGUGUAUAAUCUUCAAGAACCUCAUUUCUGGACCCUUUGCACAGACGUCUACAUUGGUACACUCAAACUCCUUGUGGCACCUGAUGCAGAUUCUAGAUGGAUUCUCAGCCAAACACACAACAUUUUCACACAGGUUGGUGUCAGACAACUUUAUGUUCAGAUUGAUGUGGCGGCCAUGUAGGAGUCCACCACAUUUCUCCUGAUCUUUGGGAGUCUCGGGACCAAAGGCCUUCUGUGCUGCUGUGGGGAAACCCCGUCUCUCUUUGGGUUUCUGUCGCUCCACCUCCAUCUUGAAACAAUAUGGAGCUGUUGCAGUCCUGCAGUCUGACUCUACUCUUACCAGAAACACGAUGACAAGAAUACCAACUGAUCAGCUAUAGCUGUGAUGUUUUGGAAGGAAACAAGAACUUGCAACAUGGAUGUUGCCUGCACAGUCAUUUGAAGUUCCUCUUUGCUUUUUUCCAUAAUCCCAUCGAACGUUUUUUUUUUUUCUUCUUAAUUGUCGCCCUUUCCAUUUUCAGAAUGGGUUUUUAAUUAAUUGGUGGUAUGAGUGUGCAGUUCAGUGGACAUUUGUAAAAAAUUGCGUAACAGUAUGUGAUUCAUUGACUCUUUUUGUACAUCAUUUGCUUUUGUUCUGUUGCACAGUUGUAAAGAGGUGCAGAAUUUGUCGCCAAUGCUAUUAUAAACAUAAACCGAUUUGUCUGCAUUUCUUAAGUGCCUUUUUUAAAAACGGUCAUGGACAAUUGCUUGAACCAUAUUUAAUGGCCAACUUGAAAACUGGACCUAUUUGACCUUGGGUUCUGUCUUUAAUUAAAACAUUCCUUUGCAUCAGG